AUGAGAGAGAGAGAAAGAGAGAGAGAGAGACUGUCUCAUUCGCUGCUGUUCUUCCUAAUUGGAUCAAGCGCAGACUUGCCCGACUCUCUGCUCAAUGUUCAUAGUGUGAGAGGGAUCGAGACAGCAGACAGAGCGAGAGACAGAACGUGUGUGUUGGUGUGAUGGAUAAGGAGAGGGAGAAAGAGGAGGGGUGAAAGAAGGGGUGUGUGUAAUCCUCACUCCUAUCUACUCAUCCUUCCGUGCGGUUCUGUGCACAAGUCUUUACCGAGCGCUCCAAGAGUCGGCGCUUUGAUCGGACAUGCACCUGCUGCUUUUGGAUGAUUCAGCCGUUUUCGGCAGCGCAAGAAAGCAUGAACUGCAGCCCAGACGCGCCAGCCCCCUCCUCCAGCCCUGCCCCCAGGUGAGUGCUGCACUCUCCCCGGGACUCUCUGACACGCUCUGAGGCGGGAUCCACCCUCGAGCGGCCUCACACGCCUGCCUCUGGAGCAUAUGCCUUAUUUAUAGACUUGCUGCCUGUGUUUUUCUUCCUGCUCCGUUGGAGACCGUGAGAACGAACCUGGGCGACAGACACUAGAGCCACGGAAGUCUUCCUCUUUAGUAACGAGGUUAGUCGGUUGAGCAUCGUGUCCAAGUCCCUUCCCCCUCGCUGGUGAUCUGAUAAUGGAAAGAACACUUUACGAGGCAGCAUGCCUGCCGCAGCAUUAGAGGAGGUCUGCGCAGCUGCUUCUGAGAGACCAAACGAGGGGGAGAGAUGAAGUCAGAAGCGGCAGAGGACAUCUCUGCCGGACUUGGAUCUCAAGAGGCUCCUUCGGAUGCCUUGUCUGAAGUGGCCACGAAAGAGACGCCCGAGGAAGCGGAGGAGGACGUGGCGGGGGGCAGCGACGGCUCCGAGCGGGGUCCUCUGGGAUGCGUGCCUUUGCCUGUGGCCGCGUGCUGCGUGUGCCUCGAGCUGGAGCGGGUGAGUAACUGCAUCCGCUCAGAGAAAAUCUGCAUCCUGCCCAUCCUGGCCUGCUUGCUAAGUCUGGCCCUCUGCACCGCCGGCCUCAAGUGGGUCUUUGUGGACAAGAUCUUUGAAUACGAGCCGCCGACUCACCUUGAUCUCAAGCGCAUAGGUCAGGACCCUAUAAUAAAUUCAGACUUCACUCAGAACCCUGUGUCGGCCUCACCCUCCACGGUUACCCCGUUGACUCCGUCUGUCCCGGGACAGCCCAAGGUCUUUGUGGAAGGGGAGUCCACGGCCAGGCCCUUUGAGGUGCCCUCAUCGAAGGUGCCCGCUUUCACGCCCACUGCAGCAGUGACUGUUCAUGCAAACUCUGUGUCUCCACCCAGCCCCAAGAGCACCUUCAAACCUGUCCAGAAUGGCACUGCAGACCAGUAUCCAUCUCAAACUCUGGAAUCUAAUGAUAUUGUUCCAAAGACCUCGGCCACCAGCACCACUCCCUCAGCCAAGACCUCCAGUCAUGUGACGCGCUGCAGCGAGAGCGAGAGGAACUACUGCGUGAACGGCGGGGAAUGCUUCACGCUGGAGGUCACGCCCGGGAACAUCAGACGCCUCUGCAGGUGCCCCAAUGAGUUUACUGGUGAUCGCUGCCAAAACUACGUAAUGGCCAGCUUCUACAAACAUCUUGGGAUUGAAUUUAUGGAAGCUGAGGAGCUCUAUCAGAAACGCGUUUUGACUAUAACAGGCAUCUGCAUCGCUCUUCUAGUUGUUGGCAUCAUGUGUGUGGUGGCUUACUGCAAAACAAAGAAACAGAGGAAAAAGCUGCAUGAUCGUUUGCGGCAGAGUUUACGAGAGCGAAACGCUGCGGCCAAAGGCCCUCAGCACCCCCACCCUCCACCCGAAAACCUGCAGCUGGUCAAUCAUUACAUGCCAAAAAAUGCUGGCUCUUCUCAUGUGCAUGUGACGGACAAAGAAAUGGAAACAUCUCUUUCUACAAACGGGUUCACAUCAUCAACACAUCCGUCCACUGCCAUGACUCACUCCUCCAGCCAGUGCUGGAGUAAUGGAAAAGCAGAGAGUGUGGUUUCAGACAGUCAUGCAGUCCUGAUGCAGUCAUCGGCGGAGAACUGCCGUCAUGGUACACCUGGUCACAGGGGGCGUCUAAACGCUACAGGAGGUGUUCAUCAGCUCAACGAUUACCUGAAGAGCUCCAGAGAAACACAGGGCUCUUGCAGAGAUUCGCCUUACAGCGAGAGGUACGUUUCGGCCAUGACUACACCCACCCGUCUGUCCCCCGUGGGGCUUCUCUCUCCGGUGACGCCCUCCUCGCCUCCCUCCGAGAUGUCAGCUCCUCUGUCCAGCCUGGCGACCUCAGUUCCUUCCAUGGCAACGAGUCCCUCGGGGGAGGAGGAGCGCCCCCUGCUGUUCCGGACACCGCCGAUCCUGCGUGACAAAUCCGGUUUGAACCAGGGCCAGAAGUCAGGCCAUAAUCUCCGCAACUCCGCUCACUACAAUCACGGCCUGGAGCUGCCCAGCCCUCUGGCCAGCCCUCUGCACAUUGUGGAGCACGAGGAGUACGAGAGUUCACAGCAGUACCAAAGCACAGCUGCGGCGCCCGCCCCGUCGUCCCCCCCACACAGCCCCAGCGCCGGUCAGCGUAGCUCAAGAACUCAGCCGAGCGGUCAGACGGGCCCAGCGGCACUGGAGCCGAUCAGCGGCAGUAACUCAGAGAGCAGCAGCUCAGAGAGCGAAACCGAGGACGAGCGGGUGGGAGAGGACACGCCGUUUCUCGGCUUACAGAACCCUCUGGCCGUGGCCGCAGGCUCAGUUGUUCUGGACGGGCUGGAGGGCAACAGAACUAACCCCGCACUGCACCUCUCGCCGCAGCACGACCUGCAGAGCAGACUGACGGCUGUCAUGGCCAACCAAGAUCCUAUAGCUGUGUGAAAAAUGCAUUGAAGAAAAAAAUCACCACUAAACCUUUAUUUUCUAUAAUUAAGUAUUGCAAAAAGAAAAACUUCAACUUUUAUUUUAGUGAUGUAGUGAAAAGACUUUUAUAUAUGUGUACGACGUGUUUGUGUCAUGGAAAAAAGUGCCAUUCACAUGUAGCUGAGGUCACAGUAUUUCAAUGGCAGAAAAAAAUAUAAUCAAUGGUGCCUUUUAAUUUAUGUUUGAAGAAAAAAGAAUUGCAUCAUGACACUGGGCCAUAUAUUCAUGACUUUAAGGCAACAAAAUAAAUUCUGUGUGACUGAGAAAAAAAAGAAAAAAUCUUCCACCAGCACUCUUGCAAUUUGAUUAAAGUGUAAAAAUGCAUCAUGGUCUCUUAACACAGUGGCUUUCCUCUCUCUUAUUUAACACACCUGAUUCAGAUCAUGAGCUCCAUGAACUGAACUGUGUCAGAUAAGAGAGACAAACAUGCAGUGCUGUGGGUUACGGGGACUAACCGUACUGUGUUUGUUUUUAAUUACAUUGAAAAUUAUUUAUGCAUUUUGAUUUAAAAUAUGAAGUGUGACUGCUGCAAACCGAAAACAAGAAAAUUCAAAAGCUAUAGAAAAUAAUAAUAAAUGCUAAAAAAAGACUCACAAGAAGCAAAUCAUGUACAAUCAGCUAUUAAUCACACGUAAUCACUUUAUUCUGUUUUGUAGUAAGGUUGCCAUGUAUAGCUGACAUUAAUUCUAUGAGACAGCUAUUAGAUCAGAUUGUUUUUUCGUUCAUAUAAAUGUUUCUAUUUAUUACUGAAUGACUGAAUAUAUGGCUCACUUUGUCGAUCGUGCUCAUUGGCUUCUCAAGCAAGGCAAUUUGGGAAAAUUACAGCACCACUUUUAUGAUACUGACAUCGUUUUUAUUCCUAUAUUUUAUUUUAUUAGUUAUUGUCCAUUUUUUAACAUUUGUCCUUUGCUAUCCAUGUAGAAUGUUACAUUAUAUUCAAAGUGUUCUUUUGUGUCAUGUUAAUUUUCAUCAUGUUUAUGUGUAUAUGUGUGAUCAUUUAAAGAACAAAUCACCUGUUGUACAGUAUUUUGCUAUGUUUGCGUCACCAGAUUACUACAGUAACUUAUGUAUUCACAAGGUUUUACUGAAAAUAGCCUCUAAUAGUCUAUCCAGCUUGCUAAACAGAAGGAACUGGUUACACAAACAACACUUUUAACCUAGAGCUCACUAUAAAGCUUGCUCUAGUGUGUGAAGGCCUUUUCCCCUAAGUUUUCGUUUGAAUGAAAUGUGGCCCGUUUUGUUGUAUUUAUUUUCUUUAUUUAUUUGUUAUUUAUUUAUUUAUUAUCUGGGCCUUAUGGAAUCUAGCGUCUAUAAAUCUAUAUUUUAAUAGCAAUGAUAAUAAGAGAUAUUUGCAGUCGUUGGGUACAUCAACUAAACCUUAUUUUUAGUGUUUUUUUUUUUCUUCUUCUCAUCACUCCAUAAUAUAUUUGUGUGUUGUUUUGCCAUUUAGGCCUAGACUCUGUUAUUCAAACUCUCAUUCAAAAACAAUAAAUGUUCACCAUGACAAAUAUCCAUGAACCUGGUUGUACAAUUAAAAUGAGCUGAACUGCAUCUGGGACGCUUGAAAACAGCCUUUGUUAUGUUGCUUUUAACAUGAGCCUUUAUGUAACGAUUCAGGCCACCUUUGAUUGAUGUUUGAUUUUGGAUACGAUACAGUGUGCGGACAGAUGACUGCUUUAAAGGUGACGUCAACCUCUUCCAUCUCGGUUUUGUUUUCAGAAAUGGCUUAUCAUUUACUGUUUGGAUGAAAUGGUUUAUUACCUUUUGCUGAAAUAUUCAAACUAACCUAUAGAGAAGUGUGAUCUCUGUAUGCAUCGGUGCUCCAGCAUAGCAGAUUUCCGGCUUGUUGUUUGAUCUCUACAUUGCCGAUGAACAUAAAGGAAGAACAGAAAAUCUCCAAAAAAUCAUGUCGUUCUGAUAGCUGCAUGAGCACAGGAGGACAAACACAGGCAUGCCUUGCACAACACAUGCAAACAAGCAUGGGCAGAGAUGUCAAUCGAGACAUGACCACACUCUGAGAACGAAAUGUUCAUUUUCAUCUACUCUUGUGUGAACAACUCUAUAAAGUGACUGGGCAAUAUGUAUGAUAGCUUUA